AUGGGUGCCGUAGUAUCAUGCAUCAAGUCCGUCUUCCGAACGAUCGGCAACUGCAUCAUGGCGAUUGUUAAUGCCAUCGCCGCCGGUCUGAAAGCCAUCAUCAACGCCAUUGUCUCGCUCUUCGGCAUCAUCAUCAGCUGCCUCACCUGCGGUCGCGGCGGCGGCGGACGAAGGACCACGCAUACUAGUAGAGUCUAG